AUGGCCUGGCGAGCCCCACACUCACUGCUACUGCUGCUGCUGCUGUUCCCAGGCUCUCAGGCACGAUCCAAGGCUCAGGUACUUCAAAGAGUGGCAGGGCAGACGCUGACCGUGAGAUGCCAGUACCCGCCCACAGGCAGGUUCUACGAGAAGAAAGGUUGGUGUAAGGAGGCAUCAGCACUCCUGUGCAUCAGGUUAGUCACCAGCUCCAAGCCCAGGACAGUGGCUGGGACCUCUCGAUUCGCAAUCUGGGAUGACCCUGCUGCUGGCUUCUUCACUGUCACCAUGACUGAUCUGAGAGAGGAAGACUCAGGACACUACUGGUGUAGAAUCUACCGCCCUUCUGACAACUCUGUCUCUAAGUCCGUCAGGUUCUAUCUGGUGGUAUCUCCAGCCUCAGAGAGUACCCAGACCUCCUGGGCUCCCCGCAACCUGGUCUUUUCACAGACCCAGACCCAGAGCUGUGUGCCUCCCACUGGAGGAGCCAGAGAAGACCCUGAGUCUCCAGCUACCAUCACUGUCCCUUCACAGUCACAGAACUCCACGCUCCACCCUGGCCCUGCAGCCCCCAGUGCCCUGGUCCCUGUGCUCUGUGGACUCCUCGUAGCCAAGAGCCUGGUACUGUCGGCCCUCCUCGUCUGGUGGUGAGUGUGGAAUCGGCAUGUGCAGCAUCAAGGGAGGUCUCUGCUGCACCCAGCUCAGCCCAGGCCCCAGGCCCAUAGACACUUCCCACUGAGCCACAGGACCUCAGGGGGAACAUAUGGUGGAAAACCCUGA